AUGAGAUGAGGUUUGGGUGCGUGCGGUUGGUCCAUCAUGGCACCACCUCUUGUCCUAAGAAAAGCAACCGUCGAGGAUGUUCCUCAAAUCCUGAGAUACAUCACAGACCUCGCAAUUUUCGAAGAUGCCGAACACGAAGUCGAAGCAACCGUCGAAUCCCUUACCCGCACCCUCGGUUUCUUCGGCGAGAAAGCCUACGCUCAUGUCAUCAUGGCUGAAUACGAUUCGUCCCCGGCCGGAAUGGCACUCUACUUCAACAACUACUCAACAUGGAAGGGCGUACCUGGGAUUUACCUCGAGGAUCUGUAUGUGAAGCCGGAGUUUAGGAGUAAAGGCAUUGGACGGGCGUUGAUUGCUUAUUUGGCACGGGAGACGAAGAGGAUUGGGGGUGCGAGGUUGGAGUGGAGUGUUUUGGAUUGGAAUGAGAAGGCGAUUAGGGUAUAUGAGGGCGUUGGAGCAAAGAAGCAGGAUGGGUGGUCGGUGAUGAGGGUUGCUGGAGAGGCGUUGACCAAGCUUAGCCACUCGGCUCUGGAUGCAGUGCAGAAGAACUAAAAGAAAAGAGGAAAUAGGAGUAUAUUAUACCACUUGUAAUGCCUGUGAGCCAACCUAGUUGAUCUCAACUGACUCGCCCACUGGAUUCCCCUAAUACAUAAUCGGAC